AUGGCGAGAGUGCUCCACAACUUGGCGUUAUUUAUAAUCGGACUUGCGUGGAAAAUUAGAGUUUGGGGUUACUGGUCGUUGAUUUACGGUUAUUGUGCUCUCUGCACCAUCGUAGCCUUGCUGAAACUUUGGUGGAACGUAAUUUUAAGGCCGACAGCGACCUUCCAAUGGGGGAUUCGUGAAACACCCCCGGCUUGUCUAAAUGACACGUCCUUGGGAACCCACUGUUAUGUUAGAAUAAAGGAGUCUGGCCUUAGGUUCCACUAUGUUGCUGCUGGGGAGCGAGGAAAGCCACUCAUGCUGUUUUUACAUGGUUUCCCAGAGUUCUGGUACUCAUGGCGCUACCAGAUGCGUGAGUUUAAAAGUGAGUUUCGUGUGGUGGCCAUUGACAUGCGAGGCUAUGGGGAGUCUGACUUGCCUGUUUCCACUGAGAGUUACCGCUUUGAGUUUCUGGUUACUGACGUCAAGGACAUUGUGGAAUAUUUAGGGUACAACAGAUGUUGCCUGGUUGGCCAUGAUUGGGGGGGGACCAUAGCAUGGCUGUUUGCAGUUCACUACCCAGAGAUGGUGACAAAACUCAUUGUCCUAAACUGUCCUCACCCAUCGGUUUUCACAGAUUAUGCCCUGCGUCAUCCCAGUCAGCUCCUGAAAUCCAGUCAUUUCUUUUUCUUCCAGCUGCCCUUCUUCCCAGAGCUCAUGCUGUCCAUCAAUGAUUUCAAGGCUCUGAAGGGCUUAUUCACCAGCCGCAGCACAGGGAUUGGAAGGAAAGGCCGGUGGCUCACUGCAGAAGACUUGGAGGCUUAUCUAUAUGCCCUCUCACAGCCUGGGGCCCUGACGGGAGCACUUAACUAUUACAGGAAUGUCUUCAGCUCCCUCCCCCUUCAUCAGAAUUAUGUCAGAUCCCCGGUUCUGCUGCUUUGGGGGGAGAGGGAUGCAUUCCUAGAGCAGGAAAUGGCUGAGGCCUGUCGCCUAUACAUCAGAAACCACUUCCGUCUCAACAUUAUCUCCGGGGCCAGCCAUUGGUUGCAGCAGGACCAGCCAGAUAUCGUGAACACCCUCAUAUGGACGUUCCUCAAGGAGGGUGAGGGGCGUAAAAGCUACAGGAACUGA